CUUCUUCAAUCAUGCAGCAAUAGAAAUCGCGAAAAUUUAUGGAGACAAACCAACGGAUUGUUCUUGAAGAAGGGUUUUAUUAGUUCAAUUGUCAUUGUUGCUAAUCAUCUCCUUCAGAUAUACUCGCGGUCUGGGAAAAUGGGAAUUGCGCGGAACUUGUUCGACGAAAUGCCUGAGAGAAACUAUUUCUCGUGGAACACUAUGAUUGAAGGGUACAUGAAUUCUGGGGAAAAGGGAACGUCUUUGAGGUUUUUUGAUAUGAUGCCAGAAAGAGAUGGGUACUCUUGGAAUGUGGUUGUUUCCGGGUUUGCUAAAGCUGGUGAGCUAAGUGUUGCUAGGAGGUUAUUCAAUGCAAUGCCGGAAAAAGAUGUUGUGACGAUGAACUCUCUGCUUCAUGGAUAUAUUCUUAACGGUUAUGCUGAGGAAGCUCUGAGGUUGUUUAAAGAAUUGAAAUUAAGCGCUGAUGCUAUUACAUUGACGACAGUUCUUAAGGCUUGUGCUGAGUUAGAAGCUUUGAAAUGUGGGAAGCAAAUACAUACUCAGAUUCUGGUCGGCGGUGUUGAAUGUGACUCGAAAAUGAAUAGUUCUUUAGUUAAUGUGUAUGCAAAGUGCGGUGAUUUGAGAAUGGCAAGCUAUAUGCUGGAGCAGAUGGGGGAACCUGAUGACCAUUCUCUAUCUACCUUAAUUUCAGGUUAUGCUAAUUGUGGGAUAGUGAAUGAGUCUAGAAGACUUUUCGAUAGGAAAAGUAACAGAUGCGUAAUUCUAUGGAACUCUAUGAUCUCGGGUUAUAUUGCCAACAAUAUGAAAUUUGAGGCAUUGGUUCUGUUCAAUGAGAUGAGGAAUGAGACCCGGGAAGAUUCUCGUACGCUGGCAGCUGUUAUUAAUGCUUGCAUUGGUUUGGGCUUCCUAGAGACUGGUAAACAAAUGCAUUGUCAUGCUUGUAAAUUUGGGUUAGUUGACGACAUUGUUGUAGCUAGCACUUUGCUUGACAUGUACUCCAAGUGUGGAAGCCCAAUGGAAGCUUGCAAACUUUUCAGUGAGGUCGAAUCCUAUGACACAAUCUUACUGAACAGUAUGAUCAAGGUAUAUUUCAGCUGCGGAAGAGUCGAUGAUGCAAAACGGGUAUUUGAGAGAAUUGAAAAUAAGAGCUUGAUUUCUUGGAACUCAAUGACUAACGGAUUCAGUCAAAAUGGUUGUCCAGUUGAAACUUUAGAGUAUUUCCGUCAAAUGCACAAGCUGGAUUUGCCGACAGAUGAGGUUAGUCUCUCUAGUGUCAUUAGUGCGUGUGCAAGCAUUUCUUCUCUCGAACUCGGUGAGCAGGUUUUUGCGAGGGCAACUAUUGUUGGUCUUGACUCUGAUCAAAUAGUAUCAUCCUCUCUCAUUGAUCUAUACUGCAAGUGUGGGUCCGUCGAGCAUGGCAGGAGAGUAUUUGACACAAUGGUAAAAUCAGAUGAAGUACCAUGGAACUCAAUGAUAUCAGGUUAUGCUACGAAUGGUCAUGGAUUUGAAGCGAUUGAUUUGUUCAACAAAAUGAGUGUUGCUGGUAUAAGACCCACUCAAAUCACCUUUAUGGUUGUUCUAACAGCAUGCAAUUACUGUGGUUUGGUCGAAGAGGGAAGGCAAUUGUUUGAGACAAUGAAGUUGGAUCAUGGUUUUGUUCCAGAUAAAGAGCAUUUUUCAUGUAUGGUUGACCUUUUGGCCCGUGCUGGUUAUGUGGAAGAAGCUAUAGAUCUUGUAGAAGAGAUGCCUUUUGAUGCGGAUGCUAGCAUGUGGUCAUCUGUUCUAAGAGGAUGUGUAGCAAAUGGAUAUAAAGCCAUGGGAAAGAAAGUUGCUGAGAAGAUUAUAGAGCUUGAACCUGACAACUCAGUUGCUUAUGUGCAGUUGUCCGCCAUAUUCGCAACCUCUGGAGAUUGGGAAAGCUCGGCGCUUGUAAGAAAACUGAUGAGAGAAAACAAUGUGACAAAGAAUCCAGGUUCUAGUUGGGCUGAUUGUUGAAUCCUCUCUUUGAGCUUAUGAUUGUUAAUAACUAUAUUUGAGUGUA